AUGUCUGCCGGAACACAGGGUAUCAGGCGUGUAGCGACGCUGCUGACGUCGAGAUCAACAUUCGACAAUGCAAUCUGCCGAAGCUGUCAAGAGACCCUAAACCGCCGGGGAUAUGCCUCUGCUGCAGCUGCACCAGUCUCUUCCUCUAUAGAUCCGUCUUCCAACACGCCGCUACCUCCCUCGUUGACGACAUCGACCCCCUCAAUCUCCACAUCCUCCGCUUCACAACCCGUGUACACCAUUAAAGCAGGCUUGGUUCUCUCGCGUGCGCCUCAGAUCACCCGUGACCUCACUCCAUUCGAGAAAUCAUUUUAUUUUUACCAGCGCCGCUUGAACGAACGCCUUGCUCUACCCUUUACUAGAUAUUUCUACUUCAAAAGAGGCACGCCGGAAGACGUUGAAUGGAAACGACGGUACAAGGAACGUCAAACCCCGGCUAGAGAUAUUGGCCAAUACAAUGCCUAUUCUAAAGACGCGUGGAAUGACGAACUACUCGUGGGAGCCAUUGAAUCCGAGCCGGAGCACCAGGUCGAAGCUUUGGUAAAAGACGCGGAGGGAUAUAUUGUGAACGAGUCAGAAGAUGGUGAUGUGAAAAAGGAAACGAUUCCUAGACCAUUACUGAGAGUUACGGAGGCGGAUCAAAAAAACGAUCAAACCAGUCUGGAUCGUUUGUUGCAAAGAACAAUUUAUUUGCUGGUUAAAUCAAAGGACGGCUACUGGUCAUUUCCCAGUACGGUUGUGGAUCAGGCAGCAAAAGAGAGUUUACGAAUGGCGGUCGAACGAGGCGCUUUCCAAACCGCAGGUCCAAACAUGAACAUGUGGAUGGUCGGCUACCACCCUGCUGGCCAUUAUGUAUACAACAAUCGCAAGCCAAAGCAAACCCCUGAGACCGGCGUACAACUCCUGGGCGAAAAGACAUUUUUCAUGAAAGGCCGCAUUCUGGCUGGCCAAGCAGAUUUGGCCGCGAACACGCAAGGGAUCACGGAAUUCAAGUGGUUGGCAAAGGAAGAAAUCCAACAGCACGUGAAUGCGCAAUAUUGGAGUGCUGUCAAGAAUAUGCUCGCUGAGAGAUAA